AUGACGGAAUUUGAUUCAGCCUUCAAUGACGCGCAAAAUCAAGUGAUGCAUCUGGUCGACGACUACAAGAGUUUGUCAGACUCUUGGGAAGCAGUGACUGGAUAUUUGGAGCCAGUGUCGUUAGAUAGCGCGCGAGCAGAAAAACCUCUGCACGCUUUCGAGCACAUUGCAAAUGCGAAACUUGGUCGAGAUCUUCUCAAACACUAUUACGAGCGGAUAGAAAGCAAAUUUGAGAUAGUGACGAAUGAGAUUCAGUUGGGUUUGAGUGGAUUUAGUAGUGGCCAGGUGGGUUCUGCACCACAAGCAGCACACAGACUGGUAGACUAUUAUCUCGAGUGGAAGAAGCCGAUUGAAUACAUAGAGUCAUGGAUACACGACAUGGACUUGGAUUUCGAAAGCGAGGGUGAGAAGUAUACCAAAAUAUACCACGAUCAGCUCUUCUCAUCACUUCCGACCAAUUUAUCAAGCAGUCUACGUCAGCACCUAUCAGAUAUAUUCAGCUUGAAGAAUGACAGGAAUGACAAGAAUGAAGUAAACAAGAGUAUACCGUCGUUGGACAUUAUUGGAGCACAGUCAUUGAUUGAGAUACUCUCUGCUGAGAUUCUUUACAGUGAGAUAAGGCAGGAAGUUGACAAUAACAGGGGACAAUGGGAUACACCUAUCCUAGACAACCUACGCAAAUGGAUAGCAUUCGGUGAUAUAUCGACUAGAAUGCUCUCGGUUAUACCUACCGAGUCUCAAGAAAGAUGGAAUGAGACUUGGUUGCAGAGGUUUGACUUUUACGCGUGCGAAUACUUUGCAGAAAUGAGGAGUGAAGAGCUGUUCGAUAUAAUCGUCGAUUAUCCAGACUCGUCGGCGGCUGUGGAUGAUAUCAGAAUGUGUUUGGAGCGUGUACAGUACAAAUCACAGCUGAUAAGAAAGUUGAAGUCAUUGAAUGAUUUGAGAUUAUUACACGCAGGUGCAUCAACAAACUUAAUUCUAACACAAUAUAUAUCAACCAUCAAAUCACUUUUGAUCGUUGAUCCAUCGGGCGUGCUGCUUUCGUCAGUCGCAGAGCCGAUAAGGAAGUACCUUCGAGAGAGACCAGAUACGAUACGAUCGAUAGUUGCAAAUUUUGUCGACGAAGAGAGUGAAUUGGUUGAUGAUGAUAUGGAUCGCGAUGGAGACAAUCACCUUAUCAUGCUAGACAAUGACUAUGUACCGGAUUGGGAUGAUAGUAAUUGGGAGCCUGAGCCAAUUGACGCAGGACCAAACUUUAAGAAUGAUGGGCGUAAAGAUUUGAUCUCUACGCUCGUGAGUAUAUACGACAGCAAGGAGGUAUUUGUGGAAGAGUUGCAAGUCAUGCUGGCACAACGAUUGAUGUCACUGAAAGAUUACAAUUUGGAGAAAGAGAUACGGAAUAUCGAAAUACUCAAGCUGAAAUUUGGAGAGAAUACGCUGCAUUCUUGCGAAGUGAUGCUGAAGGAUGUCGCAGAUUCUAAGCGUAUAGAUCAGAAUAUCAGAUCGCAAAUAGAGACAUUAAUCCGACCAAUAAUAGUCUCGCGACAGUUCUGGCCAGAAAUUGAGGAUUACUCGUUCAAGUUGACAGAUAAAAUGAAGCAAUUUAGAGAGAGUUAUGAAGACGCGUAUGCCCUAUUGAAGCCAGAUAAGCGAUUGCAUUGGAUACCGCAGAUAGGGAACAUAUCGAUAACGAUAGAGUUGGAAGACCGUAGACUGGAAUUGGAUGUGACGCCAUUCCAAGCAGCGACGAUAGAUUUGUUCGGAAGUAAUGGUGGACGAAUGACAGCCUCAGACGUGGAGGAAGCGUUGGAUGCGCCGAAUGAGGUGAUAGUGCAAGAAACGCUUAAAUUUUGGGUGAAGAAAGGGGUAUUGAAGGAGGAGAAGAGCAAGGAUGAGGGGAUGCGUAGAAAGAGGCUCAAUCAGCAGGGACAUGUUUACGAGCAGCAGAUGUAUGCGCCAAAUCAGCAGAAUUAUCCAGUCCCACAGAUGCCAUACAAUCAAGGCGGGUAUGGAUAUAAUCCGCCACCAGGGCCACCACCGGGAAUGGACGAUCACCAGCCACCGCCGACAAAGGGAAUGGCUGCGAUUGCUAGGAGAAGGAUAGAGAGGCGGGAUGCGAAGAAAACAGCGCCGAUAGUGAUUAUCAUAUUACUCAUCGUAAUCGUCGUUGUGGCGUGGUUAGUCGGGGUCGAGAGGAAGAGAAGGCGGAAGAAGAGAGAAUAUGAAGCGUUCGUUAAGAGCCUUCCAGUGCUAGAGCAGCCCAAUGUCGCAACUGGGAUUGACGUCGGUAACACACACGGCCAAUCCCCUUUAGAUUUUAUCAACGAAAGGUACUUUGGCAGGGAUAAUCACUUUUCUUCUGCUCAGAGGCAUUUUGACGACUUUGACGAUGAAAUUAGUCCUGGGGAUGCUGUACAAGGGUCUACACAAUCACCACCAGUACAUCCACCACCUGCUCACACCAAUCAACCACCAACGCCUACAAACGAACAAGCAGCUGCAGCAGUUCCGCCACCACCUUCUUAUACGGAUUCUAAUAACAAUCUAAACAUCCCACCACCUUCAUAUAAUCGAUAG